CCAACGACCACAACAAGAGAGAAAGAGAGAGCCCAAUCGUUAGUUUGUUUAUAUCAAUAAUAGGGAUAAAAAUAAACCUGAAUCCAGUCAAAACUAGAGUUUUUUUGCGUGAACUUUUCGAUUUGGCAUUACUUCAUUUCCGAUUGAAGAAAAGUGCAUUUCCUGGGGCCAAAAAAAGUCCUGUCCAAUCAGUGAGGGUCCAAGGGCCACGCCAGGACCUUCGGAGUUUAGUGCAAACUCACGGUCUGUGUGUGUAGGUCACGUACAAAAGUGCAAACUUCCUUUUUUUCCCCUGACGUGAGCUUUGAAGUCUUUUGUGUCUGAAGAAUAGGAACAAUACGUGAAACGCAACAUAAUAGAUCGUUCAACAGUGAUAAGCAAGUUGUGUUUGUUCUGCUGGUUACUGGUGCCUGGUGUGUAUUUUUGGGAGUUCUAAAACACUUUUCAUAGGUUCAGAACACCGCGACCAACUGAUCCGAAAAACCGUCCAAACCCCAGAAUCAACAAAUCACUUCACAGCACCUUCGGGUUACCAUAGCGGCGGCCACGACGAUGAACAGGUCCCGUUCGGUUCCACCAGGAGGUGGUGGCGGUGGCAGCACCGGCCCCACCAAGCUCCAGCUGUCGUUCCAAAAGUUGGCCAUCGGCGCGGUCGCAGUCGCCGGCGGCGGUUCCAAGGGCCAUUCCGGUGGCAAGGGAGGUGGCCUGGCAACGGUGCUAAACACCCGCGGCGGGGCGAUGAUAAUGAAGAGCGUUUCGAUUUUCCUGGCCAGUGGCAGACGAGCCUCCGCGGUGUCAAGAGACCGGUCCAAGUCCGGCGGUGAUCGGUGCUGCGCUGGUAAGGGCGGUGGUCCGGAUAAGGACAAGGAGCGGGGACGGCGCGAGUCGCGGCGCAACAAGAAGAUACUGGCCAGGAUGGACGAGCUGAACGGGAAGCUGAACCCGAAGAUGCUCGAGAUGUACAAGCGGCGGACGCACUUCUCCAAGUGA